AUGGCGAAUAUCGGUGGGGUGACAGCGAGCCAUGGCCGUCACUACCAUAACGAAGAUGCACACCAGAUAUCUCAGCAGCCCAUCUGCAACGAGGAUUUUGACCCAUAUGAGAUGCAACAAGAUGCAUACGAGGAGUCCUGUUAUACAACACGACAGCCUCAGCCUGAAGGCAAAAUCGAAAUCUACGCGACGACGCAAGCUGCCAAGCCCAGCCACGAAAGAGCUCGAAGCUGGACGCCAUGGAUGGGCAGAUCCACAGACGAGAGAGUCCAGCGCAACCUUGAGAAGCGAUUUAGGAACAAAUGGUCCUUCUAUCACAUGCGUCGGGUCCUCUGGCCGAGACGAAUGGCCGACACCGACCCAGAGACCAGCACGCGAGGAUACACCGCCGAGUUCGAGGAGGCCAACUCCUGGGAGGACCCCAAAGGCGAGGUGGUCAAGACAAAAGAUGGGAAGUACGAGUACCGAAAUGAGUUCCACCAAGUACGGGGCAAAUUCAAGGACACAGCUGUCUACCUCUCGCCAACACAUGCCUUGCCGCGGCGGUUGGUCGUUCAAGCGACAGGCCGCGUGCUGGCAAGCAUCGAAGCGGGUGCUGACACGGGCGACUGGAUACGAACCAACGUCAAGGGAAACGUUCCGGCCGUGCUGAAGAUUUCGGAAUGGGCCCUCGGCCCUCUCGAUCGUGGAAGGUGGUGGGACAAAAUCCAUGCUGCUUUGCGCAUGGUACUUGUUUCCGUUCCUUUGCAGGUAAUGCUUGCUAUGCCAUUCUCAGACUGGGAUUCGGAUAGUGAAAUGGCAGAUACUUAUACCGAGUUUCAAGGAUAUCACUGGGACUGGCCCAAAUACUCUAUAAACGUGCUCGACGAGGCCCCUGGGCUAGACGGAAAGCCUAGACGUUUAGGUGAACACACGGUUGAUGUGCGGAGAAGGUCUAUCCGUCCCCACAGAAUUGUUGUGAGGAAGGGAGACGAGUGGGUUCUCGUUGAUGCGAAAAGUUAUCCGUCCGUUCGCUAUGUUUUCAUCAGCUACCAGUGGAAGCAAUUUCAGACUGGCGCGAAUGGUGAGGCAGACCAAGAAAAGAUCAAACGCAUGGCCAGGCAGAUCGCGACAGAAAAGGGGUACAAAGCUUACUGGCUUGAUAUCCAAUGCAUCACUCCAGAGAAUGGACUCGACAAAGACCAUGACGUUUACACCAUGUGUGACAUCGUGAGAAGCUCUGGCUUGGUUGCUAUUUUACUCACUGAAGACACGGAGCAAGCACGAAUGAGCUGGGGGUCUCGCUUGUGGACUUUGCCCGAGGGUAUGUUGGCGCCUGGCGAUAGUGUUGUCUGGUGUUAUGAAAGAGCCACAGGGGUCUUGCACCACGACGAAGUGCACAAGACCGAGAUGACUUCCUCGUUCUGGGGAGAGCCCGACGAGCACCUGUAUGAAGGAGGUUCGCCGAUCCGCAGUCUCGCAGAACACUACUCCGGUCUCUUAACCUUAAGUCGCCUGGAGCUUCUACCCUCUAUCAUCAAUGCGUUGGCGGCUAAAGGGUGGACGAACAAGCAGGAGGGUCACUCUGACCUAGCCUAUGCAGUGAUGGGCUUUUUACAUUACCGCCUCGAGCGCAACCCAGAAGAUACCCUGUUCCAGAACCUAGCCCGGCUCUCUUUGAGCAAUGACUCCGAUCAGAUUAUAGAGCGCAUGGUAUCAAUCCUGCCACAGGGGCUAGAUAGCCAUACAUAUCUCCCCGACCGGCUCCUCGACGUCGACGACAGUGAUCUCUUCCGGGGGCUUGCCUUUCCAGAUCAAUUUGGCACACGUCUUCAUGGGAUUACGCCGCUCUGUGACGUAGUAGGCGUCGCACAUGCGGACAAAACAGUUAUUAUUGACAACGCCAAGGCUAUACACAUCCGCUGGAAACGUUUCCCCAGACCAAUAGUGGAGCGGCACAGAGGUAUGAAGAAGAUCAUCGCCGCCUUCUUCGUCGCUGCAGGGCUGUGGUGGCUGCUCUGGGGCCUCCAGCUCAUCAUCCAGUGGCUCCCCUUCUGGGCAGACUGGGCGGGCAAUGGCGUCAAGAUCACCAAUCUCGCCUGGCUCUGCGGCGCCUUCCUCAUCAUUGCGGUCUUACUAUCUGCGGCCGCGCCGUUGUCUGUCCGGCGGCUGUUUGGAGGAAAGGUGGAGAAGAGCAGUCCGAAUCUCGUCGCAUUCGAGGGCGUCAUGCCGAUUGGUGAGCUAGAAAAGAUUGUUUUUGGCAACAACAACGGCCGUCUGACCUACGCCCCAUCGUCUACGCCGUUCUGCGCAUUACCUUUUGCUCGUCACCCUCGGGAGAGGAGAGGGCAGGAAGCGCAUUGGAUAUCGCACCCCGAGACAACACAGGACUACCUCCAUAAUGUGCUCCCUCGCGGGCACCGCCUGUUCACGCUUGUCGACAUGGGUGACUUGAGCGUUUCAAUCUUCUCUGCUGAAAGGCCGCCAACUGUGGCCCUUCUCUGUGGCCGAGAAGGUGGCAUGGUGCGUGCCGUGUUGUGUAGCUGGAGGUUUGAGAAUGACUGUCUCUACAAGGAGACUGUGAUAAGGGUUCCAUCUACUGUGUAUGAGUCCGCCACGCCGAAGGGAUGGUUAAAAGUAUGCCUGCAGACGCAGAAUCAGGCCAGAUGGAAGAGCAUGAGGGGCUCGAAAUAG